UCUUCCUGCCUUAGCAGCUAGGGUUGCAGGCCAGCGCUAAUAGGACCAGGAGUUACGUCACCUCUGAUAAUGCCAUCAGAGCAAAACUGCCGCCUCCUCCUAAGUGAGAAAUUCUGGUCUCCAGUGGCAAAAUGAUUUUUUUUCAUGGCCAACCCCCUGAAAAUAUUUUAUAUCUGCCAAAUUGGAUGAAAUCUUUUAAAUCGGAUGAAUCUAGCAAUGAAGAAAAGAGGUCAUGUUUCGAGGCAGCACAAACCCACAUGUGAAAAACAAGACUGUCUUAUGAUCAAGUAUUUAUAGUAAAGCUAUUUAUAAUGCUCACCAGAGGGGAGUGGAGCUUCAGAUGCACCUGCCACAGGAAGCCGGAGACGUUCUGGGGAUAAGCAAAAGUUUUCUAGAUGUCAUUCCUAUUUUUAAGCAGUUGGAAAUCUUUUCACAACUAGAAAAGUAUUUUAUUUCAUUCUGAGUCGAAAGUGAACCUCUCCGAGCCCCACAUGGACUACUCCAGCAGUGAUGAGGACACAGAUGCUGAUGUUGACACCCAGCUCAUCAUUCAGCAGAGCUUGCUGGAUAUUUACAAGCCAGGAGUAACUCAGCACACAUCAGAAGACAAGAGGUCCCAUUCCAUUUCAAGUGCUGAUCAUAAGAAGAUAGUUGAAGCAAUAGAGACAGUUAAGUACUCUUCCUAUUCCCCUUCAAUGUGUAAGGAAGAUGCAUUGGCACACUUAACCAAGUACCAUUCUGCAUUUGGUGAAGCCAAUGUGGAUGGUUGGCUUCCUCUGCAUAUGGCGGCAGUGCAGUUAAAUAGGAACAUCUUAGAAAUAGCCCUGAAUGCUUCCAAACCCAGUACGUGGGAACAAACCACCCACAAUGGAGAAACACCACUUUUUUUGGCUGUCAGCAGUAGCCUCCUAGAAAAUGCCCAUUUUCUACUUCUCAAUGGCUGCAACCCAAAUGCUAAGAAUCUUGAAGGCAAUUCUCCUCUUUUUACAGCUGUUCUGAAAAACUCCUAUGACAUGGCUACCUUGCUGAUCAGUCAUGGAGCAGAUGUCAAUCUGCAAUGUGCCAACAAGAGGACAGCUCUCCAUGAAGCUGCCAAGCUAGGCAACUGGGACAUGGUAAAGCUGAUGCUGACUUCCGGGGCACACCCAGAUGCAUGGAGCUCCUAUGGAUUUACUCCUCUUGCCCUUGCUGCUCAAGGCGGACAUACUGAAAUCAUGGAACUAUUACUGCGGAAAGGAGCUGAUGUUCACAGUCAGGCCUCUGAUUCUUCCUCCAUUUUACUUGAAGCCGUUAGAGGAGGAAACCCAGACUCUGUGACUCUCUUGCUAGAAUAUGGAGCUGACGCCAACAUUCCUAAAAGCUCAGGCCACCUGCCCAUACAUGUGGCAGCUGACAAAGGCCACUUAUUAGCCCUAAAGAUGUUGGUUCCAGUUACGGAUAUUGCUGCCAUCAAGAGGAGUGGGAUCAGUCCAGUUCACUGUGCAGCAGCUGGGGCGCACCCCCAGUGCCUGGAAAUUCUCAUUCAGGCUGGAUUUGAUGUGAAUUUCAUGCUAGAUCAGAGAAUCCGUAAACAUUAUGAUGAUCAAAGGAAGUCAGCCUUGUAUUUUGCUGUUUCAAAUGGUGACCUCUCUUCAGUUAAACUGCUUCUGAAUGCUGGUGCUCUACCCAAUCAAGACCCAGUCAACUGCCUACAGAUAGCUCUCAGGAUGGGCAACCAUGAGCUCAUAAGUCUACUACUGAGGCAUGGGGCCAACGUCAACUACUUCUGCAGAGUUAACCCUUUGCAUUUCCCAUCGGCACUGCAAUACUCACUGAAAGACGAAGUCAUGCUCAGGAUGCUAUUGAAUUAUGGGUAUGACACAGAGCGAUGCUUUGAUUGUCCUCACGGGGACAGAGUUCAUCGUUUUUGUACUUUUGAAGGCUGGACACCUACAGUUAUUAAAGAUACUAUGUUCUGCGAAGUCAUUACUUUGUCAUGGCUACAGCAUCUCUCUGGAAAAGUUGUCCGUGUGAUGCUUGAUUAUGUUGAUCAAGUGCAAAUCUGCUCAAAAUUGAAAGCUGUGCUUGAAAAACAGAAGCUCUGGCCAGAAAUACAUUUGAUCUUGACAAACCCUCGUUCUCUAAAACACUUGUGCCGCCUCAAGAUCCGGAAGUGUAUGGGACGGUUACGUCUGCGUUGCCCUGUCUUCAUGUCAUUUCUACCAUUGCCCAACCGUCUAAAAGCUUACGUCCUUUACAAAGAAUAUGACCUUUACGGACAAGAGAGUUUUACAGGAACCUGGUAACAGACCUAUUCUGGAGAAAAAAGGACAACAACCUGGCCCUCAAUACCAGUCUGGUUUGGUCUACUGGAAGCUGCUAUCAACCGACUCUGCUCCUCCAAGUCCUGGUGGAAAGAUAAAAAAGAAACUAAGUUAA